AUGGCGGGCAUGGGACGUGGCAUGCCCAAUAACAUGCAACAAAAGGCCAUGGCUAAUCAGAUGGGUGGGCAAAUGGGUGGGCAAAUGGGUGGGCAAAUGGGUGGACAAAUGGGUGGGCAAAUGGGGGGUCAGAUGGGAGGCCAGAUGGGAGGUCAGAUGGGACAAAUGGGCCAGAUGGGCCAGAUGGGCGCCCAAAUGGGUGGCCAGAUGCCCAGAGGUAUGCCGCAGCAGAUGGCUGGUCAAUUGAGUCUCAGUCACCCGUCGGUGCAGCAACACAUAUUUGAUAUGCUCACGGCACAAGGGCCGUUCAGCGGAUGGCAGGCCAACGUUCACAUCAAGGAACGAGCGGCGCAGAUCAAACUGUUGGUGGACUCGUUGCGUCUGGUCAGGCCGCCAGUCGAACUCCCACGGGCCAUCGAAGUUGCGCUCCAGUUCGAACGCAAGUGUUUUACCCAAAGUGCCAGCAAAGAAGACUAUGUCCGAGAAUGCAGUGAGAAGCUCGGUAGGAUCCGCGAUCAACGGGCACAACAGAUGAACCAGGGCGCUGCCGGUAUGAUGCAGAACAUGCAAAUGGGCAUGCCUAAUAUGCAAAUGCCCAACCAGAAUAUGGCGCAGAUGCAGCAGAUGGGCCAGAACAUGAAUCCGAACAUGUCCAUGGCCCCGCACAUGCAGCAGCAAAUGCAAGGCUCGCCUAUGUUCAAUCAAGCACCGCCGAUGAUGAACCAGGGAGCUCCCAAGAUGAACCAGGCCCAGACCCCCAUGAUGCAAACAAAUAACCAGCAGAAGCAGAUGCAACUGUCCGAAUUGACUGCCGAAGAUAACAAGGCCAUCAACGUCCGAGCCGCCGAACUGGCGAAAAGUACCCCGAAGGAAGAGAUGCGUAAUAUCGUGGAGAAGAUGGCCCCUCAACUCAGGGCGAAUCUGGCACAAAAGUCCGUCGACCCAAUCAUCUACUACUUCCGAAUGCUUGCCACCAAGGAAUUCCGCCGACGAAAGCAGAUGGAAGCCGGGAUGAGUGGAGCGGGCAAUCCUGGCCAGAUGGGCAACAACGCCAACACGAUGGGCCAGCUACAGAACCAAGCCAAUCAGAAUACCAUGAACCAAGGCUUGAACGUCAAUUCCAACGGAUUCCCAGGCGAUAUGGGUCGAUAUCAAGGACUACAAGCAGAAGGGCUAAGGUCCCAAGAAGAAGGGCAAUUGGUUGUGCCCGCCAGCAACAGCCAGACCAUCAUGUCGGAGCAGAUGCGGAUUCAACAGCAGAUGUUGGCCAACCAGCGAAUGGGCCAACAGCAACAGCAGCAGCAGCAUCAGAACCAUGCCAUGAACCCGGCUUUCAUUGCGCAACAGCAGCGUCUGCAACAGGCUCAGGCGACCAAGAUGCAGCAGGCUCAACUGCAGGCCCAGAACCAGGCCCAAGCCCAGGCUCGUGCCCAAGCUGCCGCUGCACAGGCCCAAAUGGCAGGUCAACGGGGUCAAAUGCAGGGCAUGCCUCAGUCCAACACUCCCCUCUCCACCAUCAACCGACCAGUCGGUCCUAAUGUCUCUGGAGCCAGUCCCCAGACUGUGCCCCGGGUUCCUUCUGGCACACCGGUGAUGAAUCAACAACAAGGACAGAUGCCGGGGCAGAUGCAGCCCGGGCAGCAGCAACAGCAGCAGCCACAGAUGGGUAUGCAGGAGAUCCAGAAGCGGGAACAGGCUCUGGCCAGCUUUCCUGGACCUGUCCAAGCGAUCCUUCGGCAGAAGCCCCAGAGCGAGUGGCGAGCCAUUCUGCAACAAUUCCAGCAAAGCAGCAAUAUGAAAAGAAGCUUGUCGCAGCAACCGCAGCAACAACAGCAACAGCAGCAGCCUCAACCUGCGGCUCAGAUGCAGAAUGGUGCUUUUGUUGGCGGCGCAAAUAUAGGGCCAAUGCCAAUGCAGCAGUCCCUCUCCGCUGGAGCAGUCUCUCUUCAGGGCCAGGAUAUGGUAGCGAUGCCUAGCUCGCAAGGGCAAAUGCAACAGAACCAGGAGUUGAUGAGACAACGUCAAAUGCAGAUGCAGCAGCAGCAGCAGCAGCAGCAGUCACAGCAGCAGGCGCCUCCUCAUGCUGCAGGUCAUCCUCAAACCCAGCGUCAGCAGUUGACGCCUCAACAAAUGAAAGUCAUGGACCAACAGCCGGUGCCCCCAGCGGUAUUGAACAAUAUAAGGCAGCACACGGCAAUUCCUGACGUUAAGAACUGGGGCCAGCUCAAGCAAUGGUUGACAGCAAACCCUGUGCCGAAUCUGCCCAUUGCUCAAGCCUUGGACAUCCAGGCAACCCAUUUUGCCCAUAUCAUGAAGACCCGCGGGCAGAAUGCUCAACAGCAGAACAAUCCAAAGGCUGGUCCAGUUCCGGUACAACAUCCUCAGCAGAUUCAGCAAAUGCCUCAAGGUCCGGCACAAGGCAUGCCUGGUCAGGCUCCUGGAAUGGCUCCUGGGGCGGUGCCGGCAUUCCGGCCACCAAGUCAACAAGACAUCCUGAGACUGCGAGCUCACAACCCUAAGCUAGCAACUCUCCCCGAUGAACAAAUACGGGCACUGCUGAUCAACCGUCACCGUCAAAUGCAACAGAAGGCGAUGCAACAGCAACCUGGCCAGCAACCCAUGGCACAGCCAAUGCACUUCAUGCCUUCCCAGGCUGGCGCGCCUGGACAGCAGUUUGGCAUGCAAGGACAGUUGCAGGCCCAGGCGCCUGUUCAGCCCAACAUGCAAGCUGUACAACAGCAACGGCCACCCUCAGCUCAAGCCCCUGAACAAGCUCGGCCAAUGCAGGUGAAUGGCCUCCCGAUGAAGAGGCCCGGCGACGACGACGUUCUCCAAGUGCCCAAUCCAACUAAGCAGGCACAGGCUCAGAUAGACUCCGCUAAGAUUCCGGGAGGCCAGACUCUCACCAAGGAACAGUUCAACGCGCUGGACCCCGUCAAGAAGCAGCAAUACAUGAAUUAUCAACGUCAACAGGCAACAAUGCGCAGAAUCGUGGAACUAGGAAAAGAAGUCCAGGCCAGCAUACCGAAACCGCGGCCCAUCACGAACAUGGAUGCUGCAAGUAGAAAGCGCAUCACCACGCUGCUGACUUCCGACAACGUCAAGAACAUGCUGGGACGGUUUGACGCGUUUCUCAUGGCCUUCUAUAGGAUCGAGCCCAAUGAUCAGGCUAUCAAGCAGCUGGUUGCUCAGAAGUUGCAGCUGAUCGCACAGUUCAAGCCACAAUCGCUCCAGAACCGAACAUUUGAGAUGGUGGACAAUUUCAGCAUCACACCAGACGCAGCUGAAGCCAUCAUCAACAAUAUCACCGCCAAAUUCCAGCAAACCGCCGCUCAAAUCCCUCAUCAAAACAAACCUCGCCCGCAACCCGCGCAGCUGACUCCGGAGAAUCUGAGCCUGCUGGAAGCGCAGGAGCAAGAGCGUAAGAAAGCCCUGAAGGCCAACCAUGCCCCUCCCGCGCCAACAGCCACCCAGCCACCCUUCCAGAUUGGCGAUCCCAGAGGACACGGCACCCCCAGGUAUGCAACACCGGGGCUCAAGCAAGAGGAUCUCAAGCUUCCCGCGGAUCCGAAACGACGGAAGAAGAAUCAGCAACAGAGCGCGGCCACAGCCGGGCAACAGGGCGCAUCGGCUGCUCCCGCCACGACCUCGCCGCAGGCAACGAAAGCACCCAAGCCGGUCGAGACGUUCAAGUGUCCGGUUGUGGGGUGUGAACACCAGCUCAAAGGUUUUGCUAGUCAGGCUGAGCUCGAUCGACACCAUAAUGUCACCCACAAGCUGGAUAUGGAGCCGGUCACGGACCCCCUUGCCUUCCUGCACGAGUCGUUGCGGUCUGCCUUUAACCUGGAUGAAAAUCUCAAACAAAUCAAGAAGCCGAAAUCGGACAGUCAGGGCGCAGCUGUUUCCGCUGUGAAAGCCGAAAGCCAUGUUGCCACCCCGAUUCCAAUGUCCAAGAUCCCGAGCCAAGGUGGGCAAGGGGCUGCUGCGAAGGCGGCCGACGCCACUACUGGAGACGACGAUCCAUGGAGGCAUAGCAACAUUACACUUGACCAAUUACGGACGGCGUUUGGCGGCGACGACUGGGAGGAGCUGUUUCCGUCGCAAGAGAAGACCGAGGAAUACCAGUCCAAGUUCUAUGAAGCAUACCGCAACACCAGCGACAGAUGGAGAAAGAUUGUGGAGGGCCCUAAUGGCGCCUUGACAGAUACCUCGACCGAGAAGUCCAAGAGCCCGGGUGACGGUAGCGACAAAGAUGCUCCUUCCGAGGGCGCCGCGGGCGAGGACAAGAAAGCUGCACAGCCAAAGAAGACCGAGGACGACUCAUGGAUGGUCAAUCUUGACGGCAUCGAAGGACUCGAUCUGAGCGGUCUCAACGACACGUCUCCUUUCGAGAACAUUGGUGAUCUAGACAUCAUCAUGGGCGAGGAUGGCUCCCCCUACGAGUCCAUUGAGAAACCUCAGUUCUCGGUGGGAGAGUCGCAGCUGCAACAGCUCGGCGUCGAUGUUCAACACCCCGAGAACUGGACAGCGCAGGACAGAGCGCUGGUGGAGUUUGUGCUGGAGGGUUGA